UGCGGAGCGCAUUCCAGAACGUUCCUUCGCAGUCUCUGCCCAUCCUCCCUUCUUAACCCGCGCGGCGCCGGCGAGGCCACACGACCUCGCCAGUCGCCGCCACCAUGCGGCUCUCCGCCGGCGCACGCCUCGCUCUCCUCCUCGCCCGCUGCUCCCUCUCCUCCUCCUCCGCCGCCGCCUCCCACUACCCGCGCGCGCACAGAGGCAUAUGGACCUACGUGGCCCGCGCGCUGCCAUCACGUAGUUCGCCCUUCUCCUCGCCGACCUACGGCCACAGGUUCUUCCACGGGACCAGGCCGGUGGCAGCGAGGGACUACUACGACGUGCUCGGUGUCAGCAAGAACGCAAGCCAGGCAGAGAUCAAAAAGGCGUAUUAUGCGCUUGCAAAGAAGCUUCAUCCAGACACAAAUAAAGGUGAUGCUGAUGCAGAACGGAAAUUUCAAGAGGUUCAACGAGCUUAUGAGACCCUUAAGGAUGAGCAAAAAAGAUCAUUCUAUGAUCAGGUUGGCGCUGAUCAGUAUGAGAAAGCUUCUGCUGGUGGAGGCGGAGCUGGCAAUCCAUUUGAGGGUGGUUUUGGUAAUCCAUUUGAGGAUAUUUUCGGUGGUGGUGGUGGUGGUGGGAUGAAUGAUUUCUUUAAGAACAUUUUCAGGGACAGAGAAUUUGGAGGACGCGAUGUUAAGGUUGCGCUGGAAAUAUCAUUUAUGGAUGCAGUUCAAGGGUGCACCAAAACGAUCAGCUUCCAAACUUCUGUAACGUGUGAAACCUGCGGUGGAGCUGGUGUGCCUCCUGGAACCAAACCUGAAACAUGUCUAGCUUGCAGGGGUUCAGGAUUUAUCUUCAUGCAAACUGGUCCCUUCAGGAUGCAAUCAACAUGCACACAAUGUGGCGGUUCUGGGAAGACUGUGAAGGAAUUCUGCAAGACAUGCAAAGGAAACAAAGUUGUGCCAGGAACAAAAACAGUUCGCGUCGAUAUAGCUCCUGGUUCGGAUAACGAUGAUACUAUAAAGGUGGCUAGAUCAGGUGGUGCAGAUCCAGAUGGACGUCCUAGUGAUCUUUAUGUAUCCCUGAAGGUUCGUGAGGAUCCUGUAUUCCGGAGAGAGAAAGGUGAUAUUCAUGUUGAUGCUGUCCUGAAUGUGACUCAGGCAAUCUUGGGAGGGACGGUUCAAGUCCCAACUCUCAGCGGAGAUGUUGUUCUAAAGGUCAAGCCCGGAACUCAACCUGGUCAAAAGGUGGUUCUGAGAGGAAAAGGAAUCAAGACAAGAAAUUCAUCGUACUAUGGAGAUCAGUAUGUCCAUUUUAAUGUCAACAUCCCUGUGAAUUUGACACCGAGACAGCGGAUCCUGAUCGAGGAAUUUGCAAAGGAAGAGCAAGGCGAAGACGAGAAGGAUGCGAAGGCAGCCGGAGCAUCAGGAUAGCCGAUAUUGGGAGCCAUCCACAUUUCGUUAGCGCCUUAGUUGCUCUUAUAUCGGGAGGUAGAAUAGACUGCUGCCUGAAAUUCGCAGGGGCAAGAUAUAGAUGGUUGCGUGGAAUUUCCAUCGUAACAUGUAGAACUUUGUUUCAGAUUUUGUAGCUGGAAUAAUAUUACUCGACAACCCUGCCUGAUGUGUGUAAUCUCCUAAGCUACUAGCAAGACGUGCAGGGACUCGUACAAUUUUGUGGAUCAGGGUGACUGCAUGUAAAACACACGGUACCGAUGUCAAUUCAUCUCCUGUCGAGGUUUCGGUUUUUUA